AUGGUGGAACUUGAGGAUGUCACUAAUACACUGAUUUUAACUGGUAUCUCUUUGGAGAAUUUGGAAAAUAAUCAAUUCAUUGCUGAUUUACAACAAGAAAUUGUUUCAAAAAUAUCAAAUGAUGAUUCAGAUUUUGUUCAAUUUGUGGUAUUAAAGACUUUUAGAAGAAUUUUAAUCAUUUUCAAUAAUAAAGUAUCAAGUAUAGAUCUUUAUAAACAUUUCAAAAAUUCAAGAAAUGAUUUUAAAGCUGGUUAUUCAUUACAUGACUAUGCAAAUUUUAAAAUUGAAGAUAAUUCAUUAGAAUUACCAGAUAAUAGUCGAAUGUUUUUAAUUUCUCCACCAGCUUCACCACCGAUUGAUUUUGAUUAUGAUCGGGAAGAAGAAGAACCAAAUAAGACUCAAAUUUAUACACAUGAAGAAUUAAAAGAAAUAUUUGAAAAAAAUCAAAAAAAUUUAGAAGAUAUUGUUCAUGAAAAUAUGAAGACAACAAAAUAUUCAAAUAAUGAAUCAAAUAAUCAACAAAGAUCAAUUAUGGAUUUUGAAAAAGAAAUUGUACUUAAUGAUAGUAAUGAUGAUACAAAACCUAAAAUUAUAUUAAAUCCAAUAAAUGGUGAAAAUGAUCAUUUGAUUGGUAAAGCUAUUCAAAGUUUUAGAACAAGUUUACCACCAAAAUCUGUAUUUGAUGAAUUUGAUGAUGAUAUUAUAGAUGAUGGUGAUUAUAGUUGA